AGGAGGGGGAGGGGAACCGGCCGGAGGCAGGCGAGGGGGGGCCGGAAUCCCGCGCCCGAACAUGGCCUCCUUCCCUGCGGAUCCCGCGGAGCCUCCCGGCCGAGGCGCACCCGCGGGAGAGCCGGAGGAGGAGGCGGCGGCGGCGCACAAACUUCGGCCAACUUUGGCGCCCGCCCCGUCGCCCCAGGCUCCUCCCGGCGGCGAGCCAGACGGCGCGGCGGCUUCUGCUUCUUCUGCGGCCGCCGCGUCCUCGCCGUCCUCGCCGCGCUUCUCGGCGGAGCAGGUCUCGUGCGUGUGCGAGGCGCUCCUGCAAGCUGGGGACCCCGGCCGGCUGGGCCGCUUCCUGGGCUCGCUGCCGGCCGACGAGGAGGCGCCGUGCCUGGAGGCGCAGGCGGGCGAGAGCCUGGCCAAGGCGCGGGCGCUGCUGGCCUUCCAGCGCGGGGACUUCGCCGAGCUGUACCGCCUGGUCCAGAGCCGCCCCUUCGGCGCGCCGCACCACCCCUUCCUGCAGGACCUCUAUCUGCGCGCCCGCUACCGGGAGGCCGAGGCGGCGCGGGGCCGGGCGCUGGGCGCCGUCGACAAGUACCGCCUCCGCAAGAAGUUCCCGCUGCCCAGCACCAUCUGGGACGGCGAGGAGACUGUCUACUGCUUCAAGCGCCGCUCCCGCGCCGCCCUGCGCGACUCCUACGGCCGCAGCCGCUACCCGAGCCCCGAGCAAAAGCGCCGCCUGGCCCGCGACACCGGCCUCUCCCUCACCCAGGUCAGCAACUGGUUCAAGAACCGGCGGCAGCGGGAUCGCAGCGGCGGCGGAGGCGCCGGCACGCCCAGCAAGAGUGAAUCUGAUGGGAACCCCAGCACGGAGGAUGAAUCCAGUCACGGCCCUGAGGAAACUGAAGCUCCCGUGGGGAUUUCCACUACGCCCGAAGGGGUCCCAACCUCCAGCAGCCUUUUCCUGCCAGCUGCUUGCUCCAGCGCCUCUUCCAUCCUUCUCAACGGCAACUUCAUAACAGCCAGCUCCCCAACCAUGUUCCUUAACGGUGGAUCGGUUAUCCAGACCCCCAGCGGAGGGGUGAUCCUGAAUGGGCUGGCUCUAGGGGAUAGCCAGACCAUUACCCUCAGCCCUGUGGCCGCUCCCAGCCCACCCAUCCUCCUCAACGGCUCCACCGCCCUGUUGAGUGGCAAGCCCUCCACCCCCAGCAGCCACGAGCUGUCCAAGGCUCCCCCGGAGUCCCUUCCCCCUGCCACGGUCAUCCUCAGCCCAGCAGCUCUUCAGGGGGAAGUGAAGUCAGAAAGUACCGCAGAGGCACUAGCAUUUGGCGUGGAAGUGAAGUCGGAAGAUGGGCAGAUGGCGGUCCCGCCUCUCUUGUCUCUCCCUGACACCUCCACGCUCCUCUCUGAACACAAGGGGGCCCUCUUGGCAGCUGUUUCGAUGCCCCAAGUAGUCCCAUCGAACGAAGAGGCCCCCACAGCCGCUCAGCUGCCCGCAGCACCUCAGCCAGCAGCCACACCCAGUCCUCAGAUUGUUCCCCUCGCCAAAUUAGUCCCUGGUACUCAAGCCCUGCCCGCUCCCCAGAUGACCGUGGCAAGCGUCAGUGGGCAGGUUACCCAGGCAACACCAUCUCCUGUUACGGCGGCCACACCACUGCUUUCCAUCCCGGGGUCCUCUUCAGCCCAGGCCACAGUCCUCCAUGUUCCUGCCCCGUCUUUGGUCCCCAUCGCCCAAGUGUCGCCCUCCUCCCAGGUGGUACCUUUGUCCCAGCCUGUUUCGGGGACCCAGGUGCUCUCCCCAUCUCAAAUGGUGCCCGUGUCCCCCACCCAGAUCUACACGGUGCCCCAGGGAGCACCCGCCCCUCAGCUGCUCUCCCUCCCCCAAAUGGCCCAAGGCUCCCAGAUAAUCUCUCUGCCACAAGUGGUGCCCACCUCCCAGGUCAUGACACUGCAACAGAGCUUGGGCAGCCCCAUCCAGAUCCUGACGAGCGCUGCCCCCAUCAAAGUGGGGCCCAUGACAGGGACGCCGCAGGCAACAAUGGCGGCAGGUGGGAACCUCGGCCAGAGCAACGUGCAUCUCAUCAAUGCCAACGUAGGCAUGACGGCACUGCAGCUUCCGGGCACCACACCAGGUAAUAUCCUCUUGACUAACCCGGCAACAGGCAGCAGCACCAUCGUCACUGGCAUGGCUCUGCAGCAGGGCAAGCUGAUCCUGACUGCCACGUUCCCGGCUGGCAUGCUGAUGACACCCAUCCUCUCAGCCUCCGCAGCCCCAGCCCUGGCCCUCCCCAUCAAGCAGGAAGUGGUGGCAACGGCACCAGCAACUCUGGGGGCCAGCGAAGGCGACGGUAGUGGUGUGUUGCUGCCAGGGGUUCCUGCUGUGCUCCCGUCCGGAGCCUCCCCUCUUUCCGCAGCCGAGGGCCCUGGGCCAACUGGAUUGGCAUUUGGCACAGACUCUGGCCCCGCCGGCCUCCUUUCAAACUUCUCCCAGCAAGAGAGCCUGACCCUGUCCCAGCAGCAGGUGGUAUGGUCCAGCCCCGUCAGCAUGGACCUCCAAGGGACAACCUCCGUGGGGCUGUUCGAGAUGGACAAGAGCUCCAUGGAGGAGCAGGGCGGCUUGCUCCGGCUUUCCGAGGGCGAAGGCCUUUUGCUGGAUGCUUCUGGGGGUGACCCCAUGGGCCCUGAAGCUCUUGACUCAGAUGAGAAAGUGCUGACGCAGCUGCAAUCGGUGCCAGUGGAGGAGCCUCUGGACUUAUAAAACAGGCAGCACCAGUGAGAUGGGUUGAAGGAUCAUCAACCUGCCCGUGGAACAGUCUUUUUCACUUCUUGCCCUUGGACCUCCUCUCGUGCUGUUUUCCAGACCAGGUCCUGGCUUGGGAAUGCUAGAAGUGCCUUGAUAAGGGAAACCUUUUCCCUCCUAUAUGAGCCCUUACCCCCUGCAGUCAGGGCUGUAGCUGCAUCUUCCUUUUUCUUUUUUGCAGGGGUGAACAAGCACUACGUAAGAGAAACACAGGGACGAUUCCCGUACCCCCCUUUAUGUUAACCACCUUGUGCAACUGCCUGUCCAGCAACUCCAGUGCCACCUUGUGGUUACCAGUAGAGUAGCAAACACUAGCUUCACCUGUUUUUUAUUUGGAGGUCUUUAUUAUUUGCCUUGUUUCUCGCUGCCCUCCCUGCCAGCUCACACGGGAUGUUAAGGUAUUCUCCCUUCACUCCCUGCUGAGCCUUCCUGCCUAUUUAGAAACUUGUCUAGGGUUGCCCAAGUCGUGAUGCAGGUGGGAAAGUUUAGGAAUUUCCAUUAACUGGGGCAGGGAGCACUUAGACCACCCUUUGCCAACCUGGCGUCCUUCCAAGUGUUUUGGACUACAACCCUCAUGAGCCCCAGCUAGCACAGGUUGGCGAAGGCUGGCUUACACCAUAAGAAGAAUCUUCCUUGUCCCUCAUCCAUGGUGCUAGGGAUGGGCUUCAGCUGCUAGUCUGAUCUCACUUCAGAGGGGCAAAGAGAAUAAGCAACUUCCCAUUGUCUGUCUCCUGUUCCAGUUAGGGAGUGACUGGGCUUUGCUUGGAGGGGUGUUACGGGGAGGGGGUCAGGUGUCCAUGCAUUGCUUCUCAUUGGCUUUUACUCUUGUAUUUAGAGGUGUCAGUGCUGUCCUAGAGAGUUGAAAUACCACGUUCUAAAUUCAAAUGCUUCAGCCCUAGAAAACAACGUAGUACAUUGUUCCUGCCCUCUGGGCAGAAAAGUCUGCUGGCUAGAGUGUCUCUUUUUUCUUUAUGGGCCCAUGCUUUGUUUGUGGAACAGCACUCAGUGCAGGCAGUAGAGGAAAGGAGAGUCUGGACUAAUCGGUUCUUUCUGGGUGUGAGCAGUGUAAGAAGCACAUUUGUUAAUGUGGGAUUGGCUUCAGCACAAGUUAGUCCUGCCAUCAAAGGUACAUGCAAGUCAACUUUAGAUAGGGUUUUGCAGUCUCUUAAGCCACAGUAAGAUGAAUUUUAACCACACUGUAAAAAUCCCCAAUCUUUGGGGUUGGGAGCAGAAGCCACACGUUAAUCAGGGGCACUCAGGGUUGGGGCUGGGGGUGCUGCCAUCCUAAAAGACAGAAAUGUCAUGCAGUCAGACAUAACGGAGAAUUACCCCCAUAAAAUAUGGUUUGCAAACCUGAGUUCCUCCCAAACAUUCCCUGGGGCUAACAUUUCCUUUGUAAUCUCUGAAUGCUAAAUUUAGCAAGUGAUCUGACUUUUUAGAGAAGAAGUUCUAUAUAAAUAUAUUUAAUAAUCUAUUUUUUAGAAAAAAGGUAAUUUAAAAUCCAUUCUUUCUCCUCAUUUUCUGUAAGCCAGUGGCCUCUCUACUUCCAUCAUAUUUUAUGGUCUUGUCAUCAGGAGGAUAAAAGAUUUUUUUUUAAAGGUGUAUAACGUCUCACGCUACAUUCAUGGAAUUGAUGGGGAAUCUUUAAAUCAUGAGCAACGUAGGAGAUUGAAGACCCUGGAGUGGGCCUGGAGGAAUAUUCCAUAAAUUCAAAAUGCCUCCAUUGAGCCUGUUUUGGAAUGGGGGUGGGGAUAUUGAGCCUCAUGGUGUAACCAAGAAUCACAACAGGCUGUUUUCAUCUUUCCCUUCUAUUCUCUGCCAGAAACACCAUGAUUUCCUCCCUUGCAUUUUUUUAAAAAUAGCACAUUAUUUAUAAAUAUCUUGUUCUAAAUUAUUGUAGGGCUGUGGCUUUGCAUGCAGAAGGUCCCACAUUCAAUCCCCAGCAUCUCCAGGUAGGGCUGGGGAAAAUCUGUCUGAUACCCUGGAGGGCCUCUGUCAGUCAGCAUAGACCAUCCUUCGCCAACCUGGUGCCUUCCAGAUGUUUUUAAAUGAUAACUUCCCUCAGCCCCCACCAUUAGGGCCAAUGGUCAAAGAUGAUGGCUAGUUGCGGCCCAGUAACAUGUGGGGGGCACCAUUGUGGCCACUAAGCUCAGUAGACCAGUGAUCAGAAUGUACCCUGGGGGAGCUCCCUAACGCUUUAGCACUAGAUGACAGUGUAGACAGUCCUGCAGAAGAGAAUAGUCUCAGUCCUCCAGGACAGAAAUUCCUGGCUAGAGUUUCUUCUUGGUUUUGUGGCCAUAACGAGAGCCUGUUACAGAACUAUCCACAAAGCUUUUCACUGAGGUUGGAUGGCACAUUCUUUGAAAACAGCUGUCAGUUGGGGCUCCCCAGUCUGUGUCAAUUGAUAUAUUUCAUUCUGAAGAAACGGGAAAAUGUUACAGUACGCAUCUCACUACUGCAACAUGAUGGGAUGGCUGUUCCUUUCCCGCAGCUGUUGUCUCUGUGAUGGGAUCCAAGCAGAGUGUUCCAGUUGUCUGAAUGGGUCUUCCCCACCCCACCCCCUUUCCAACCAGGUACUACAGCAUCACACCUUUUCCCACAGUUUGUGAGAAGCAAUCAUUUCUACAAGAUAUUUUUAUAUCCUUUCUUUGGUUUUUUUAUGUG